ACCACCACGCAUCACCCCUGCGCCGCCAUCUCCACCGCUGGGCGCCCAUCCGGCGGGCCAGAGGCCGCGCCCGCGCGCUCGACUCCCCCCGUUCCCCUCUCCGUCCACCGCGCGACGCGCGGGGACCUGGCCGUGGCCUCCGCUCCUUCUUCCCGUCGCCCUCGCCUUAUUACCGCCUCCCGCGGCGACCGCGUGCCUCUUCUCCCGUCUCCUCCGCGCGCCCUCGCCUCUCUCUCUCGCUCGCUCUCUGGCCACAACCGCCCGCUGGUUUCCUUCUCCACGCUACGCAACGCGGAAACUUCCAGAAGCCAACACCUUUCUUCUUCUUCCUUCCGCCCUUCGUUUCUCUCCUUCCUCGCAGGCCGGAUAGGGGCACGACGGUGUCGCCGGCCCGGAUCUGCGCAGGCGGCGCCAUGGCCGCCGAGCAGGCCGCCGCCGCCACGGGAGGCGAGCCGCCUCCGGCCACGCCGCAGCCGGCGGAGGGCGUGACGGCGGCGGCGGGGCAGAGGUCGGUGCCCACCCCGUUCCUCACCAAGACGUACCAGCUGGUGGACGACCCGGCGGUGGACGACGUCAUCUCGUGGAACAACGACGGCUCCGCCUUCGUCGUGUGGCGCCCCGCCGAGUUCGCGCUCGACCUCCUGCCCAAGUACUUCAAGCACAACAACUUCUCCAGCUUCGUGCGGCAGCUCAACACCUACGGGUUCAGGAAGAUCGUGCCGGACCGGUGGGAGUUCGCCAACGACUGCUUCCGGCGAGGGGAGAAGCGGCUGCUCUGCGACAUACACCGCCGGAAGGUGACGCCGGCCACGGCCACGGGGGCGGCGGUCACGGUGGCUGCCGCCGCCGCCGCGGCCAUCCCGAUGGCGCUGCCCGUUGGCUCGCCGGUCUACUCGGGCGAGGAGCAGGUGCUGUCGUCGAGCUCGUCCCCGGAGCCCCCGCCGCUGCAGCCGCAGGCGGCAUCCGGCUCGGGCUCCGGCGGCGCGGCGUCCGGCGGCGACGCGGGCGAGGAGAACGACCGGCUGCGCCGCGAGAACGCGCGCCUCGCGCGGGAGCUCGGCCAGAUGAAGAAGCUCUGCAACAACAUCCUCCUCCUCAUGUCCAAGUACGCCGCCACCCAGCAGCUGGACGCCGCCAAGGCCGCGGCGGCGGGGAACUGCUCCGGCGAGUCGUCGGAGGCCGCCGCCACGCUGCCGUCGGUGCUGGAGCUCCUGCCCUCGUGCCGCGGCGGCCCCGCGCCCGCGGCCGCCCUGGAGCCGCCCGAGGCGGCGGCGGGGACGGAGCGCGAGCAGGACGACGACGACAAGGCCGGCGCGAGGCUGUUCGGCGUCUCCAUCGGUCGGAAGCGCGCGCGCGACGACACCAGCAACGGCCACGCCGGCGGCGCGGCGGCGGAGGUGAAGGCGGAGCCGGUGGACGCGCACCCCGACCACCACCUCCACCAGCUGCCACAGCUCAGGGAUGAUGAUCAUCAUCACGGCGGAACGGAGCCGCAGGCGUGGCCCAUCUACCGGCCCAGGCCCGUGUACCACCCGCUCCGGGCCUGCAACGGGUCGGCGGGCAGCGCCGGGACCGGGAGCGACCACGACGUGUCCAACUCCUCCAGGUGACACGUCGCCGCCGACGUUAGCCGUAAAUUACUACUACUGAUGCUAGUUUAUUGUGAUUGGUGGACGCUUUACAACAGGAAAGAGAGAUCUGAUCAGCUUGGGAUUUUACUGACCCCAUGCAAAUCUUUGGGAUUUUACUGUAGUAGUAUCUAUGUAUAGCAAGGCCACAUAGAACCUAGAGAUUAACUUAUGGAUCAGCUACAUUUUCUGCUCCUACUAGCUCUUAACCGUUCGGGCCCAGCCAACACAGCACAGCACGGAAUAA